AUGAGUGAAGAUCUAGUCAUACCAAGUGAUUUCAAAUCCACAUUACCACCAAGAAAGAGGGCUAGAACCCAGGAGGAGAAAGAACAGAGAAAAAUUGAGAGAAUUCUCAGAAACAGGAGGGCCGCCCAUCAGAGUAGAGAGAAAAAAAGAGUUCACCUACAGAGAUUAGAACAGAAAUGUAAAUUGAUGGAAUCUCUGUUAGGUAGAAUUGAUGAUUUGGACGGGUUGAUCAGAGAUAAAAAAGGCAAAGAUUUGUUGAAACAAUACAGAUCUUUUGCCGCCUCUGACGACGAAGACGAAUACGAGAACGAAAAUCAAAACGGCUCUUGCGACAAGGAAGAAACACCAUCUUCCGGUAUCAGUAGCGAGAGUGUUAGUUCGGUAAAGUCUGAGUCUGAAGCAGGACUGGUUCAGCUUCAGACUCCUGAAAACUAUAAGGUUGAAGAAGAUACUGGUAUCUCUGAAUUUGCGGCCCCUACCGAUUUGACUCCUGUGAGUUUCGUCAAUGAAGAUCCAAAAAGUUUCAAUUUGGUUCUAACGAAUAAUGGCGACUCUGACACCUUGGCACCAUCCCAACCACUACAACCAGUUUGGUUAGGAGUGGAGGACGACGACGACGGUUCAUUUGAAUUUGACGAUUGGCGUAAUCCAGCAGUGAUUGCCGUAUCGUAA